GAGGAUAUGGCCGCCGGGAUUCUGGCGAGCAAGAGGGCCAGAGAGAGACUCAUGAAUAAGGACAAGAAGAAGAAGAAAAAGUCGAAGAAGACUGCCAAGAAAAAGAAAAAAUCCAAGAAGAACUCCAGCAGUAGCAGCAGCCAGGAAGACUCCAAUUCGGAGUCAGAUUCAGGCCGUUCUGAUUCGGAGCCGGACGAGAUGACUCAGGAUUCCAUCAUGGAGGAGCUGAAGCUGCAGUUGGGUCUGAAAGGCAAAGAUUUGAAGCUGAAAGACAUGGUGUCUUUCGAGAACAUGACCUGUGAGCAGUUAAUCUUCUUGAUGGCGGAGUCACACAAAUCUUUGGGCACUCUAACAAUCAUGGACUUUCACGAGCUUGGCGGAGAAGCCCGGUCGCUUGCACAGAAGAACAUGAAGGGCUUGCAGCCACCGAAGAAGGCCUCCAAGAAAGACCCCCACAACGUCGAUGCGAAGAAGAUCUUUGUAGAGGCUCAACAGGUCUUUAUCCUGGCGGAGAAGAAAUGGAAGGACAGGAUUCUGGCCGUUCUGGAGAAGUUGCUGAGCAAGAGCCGCAAGAACACGGUGCUUCAGUUCCAAACGGUCGUUCAGUUGAGGAAGAGUCUCUUCCCGAGGAUUCGGGACAAUGUCAAGGGAUCCAAGCGCUUUCCCGAGCAAGUGCAGUCUUUGAUUGAGAAGCUCAAGCGAGAUGCGAAGGAUGACCUGGAAAAGGUCGAAGCCAAGGUCAUGUCGAAAGGGCCAAAGGCCGAUCAGCGCAGAGACUCGGAGACGGGGGACGGUGGCCCCGCCAAAAAUAAGAAGAGGCGCCGAUCCAAGGGAUCCAAGGGCAAUCCUGACGAGGAAUCCACAGUGGAGAAAGAGGAUAGCGACGAUGGCGACGACGGGGACGAUGACGACGAAGAGGGCUCAGAUGAGAGCUCAACGACACAAGUCUUGCCCGGCGGUGGCCCACAGGUCGGAAUCCCACCGGAUGAUUCCGACCUGUGGGCAGAUCCGAAGUUUCAGCAGUUGGCCGCUCAGGACUCCGAAUCUCGACUUGCACUUCCUGAUGUCCGCGAACGUUUGGCUGCUCAAGGAGUCCGAAGUGCCAGCGAUCUCUUUGAGAAGAUGCUAGCUGACGAGGCAAGACCUGUGUCCUACAAUCAUUCCGGAGCAGUGUCCUCACCUUUGUUCCAUCUGGGCAGGCGAUGUGCCAGGCCGUUCUGGACGCCAUGUCCACCAAGCCCGGCCAGUCCUGAGAGCUUGGUUGUCACAGCUCUUGCUGAGGCGAUUGUGAAGCGCCCGCCAUCUGGGCUCUCCCUCUAG